AUGGGGGUACACGUUGCUGAACUCGCAAUUCGGUGUGAAGGUCAUAAUCAUCCUGUUUCGGAAUAUAACAUAUAUAGAAAAUUAUUUGUUGAGGACAUAUUGUCCGUUAUACUUCGGAAUAAGAUCAUCGUGCACGAAAAAUUUGAUAUUAAAGUCUACAACCCACAAGAUUAUUUAUCGGUUCCUUAUGAAAUAUCAUCAAUCCAAGACAAAUAUCCAACGAAUAUAAAUGUUAUCUAUAGUCAGCUCAGAUCUUGGCUCGAAAAAGCUCAGGG